AUGAAAAGAUCGUGUGUUCAUAUUACUUAUUUUAUCACAUUUACGUCAUUUAAUUGUAUUCAAAAUAUUGAACGUAUUAAUCAAUUUUAUGAUUAUGUCACAAGUACAUGGAUAGACGACGAUGCAUUAUUUCAUAUAUCGUUAUGGAAUUAUUUCAAUUUUAAAAGUUUAAGAACGAACAACAAUUUGGAGGGGUGGCAUUAUCGUUUAAAUAAUGAUUUGAAUCAUAUUAAUCACCCACAUUUUUAUAUAUUUAUUCGUGCAAUCCAAAAUGAUUAUGCUCAUAAUGCCGCAACAUUAUCAAGACAUCUAGCCACUGGUACAUUACCACCACGAAAAAAACUAUACGUCAAUCGAAAUGCAAGAUUGCUCAAUUUGGAACAUCGUUAUCAAGCACACACAUUGACAUUGGAAGAAUACUUCGACAAAGUGUCAAGAUUAGUAGGCGUUAAGAAACUUUGA